CAGCCAUUCUCUCUCUCCACUCCCUUCUCUCUCUUCCCCUCCAUUUCGCUCCGCUUCAUCCCUCAUCCUUUCUUCCAAUUUCCCCGUUUGCCAGCCCCCCAUCAGUCGCUUUCACGUAAUGGCACCAACCAAAGAUGAAACCGUUGAUAGCCUGAAGAGCAUCGUCCGCGACCUUGAAGCUCGUGUUGUCCAAUUGGAGCAGAAGCUCGUCCAUGGAGAGGGUAGCUCGAAGGUCAAUUCGCUCGCCGAUGGUAUGCGAAUGGUGUUGAUGGGUCCUCCUGGUGCCGGAAAGGGAACACAGGCACCCAAGAUCAAGGAUAAAUACUGCAUAUGCCACCUCGCAACUGGUGAUAUGCUCCGAUCCCAAGUCCAGAAACAGACGGAGUUGGGAAAACAAGCCAAGAAGAUCAUGGAUCAGGGAGGGCUUGUCAGUGAUGACAUUAUGGUGAACAUGAUCAAGCACGAGCUUGAGACAAACCAGGAAUGUCGCAACGGCUUCAUUUUGGAUGGUUUCCCACGCACGGUUAAACAAGCUGAAAAGUUAGACGAGAUGCUUAACGCUCGUCACCAGAAGCUUCAGCACGCUGUCGAGCUCCGGAUCGACGAUGAGCUCCUUGUGUCCAGGAUAACAGGGCGGUUGAUUCACCCCGCUUCCGGCAGAUCCUACCACAAAAUAUUCAACCCUCCAAAAGUCCCAAUGACUGACGACAUCACUGGCGAACCCCUGAUUCAGCGCUCAGAUGACAACGUCGAGGCAUUGAAGAAACGCUUAGUUACAUACCAUUCCCAAACCGCCCCUGUCGUCGGCUAUUACAAGUCUACCGGUAUCUGGAAGGGAAUCGAUGCCAGCCAAGAGCCUGGCCAGGUAUGGAAGAGUCUUUUGCAAGUCUUUGAAAAGAAAUGAUCCAGUGGAUUCCUUGACAACGUGGGGUUGUUAACCCAGAUUUAUGACCUUUGUCUUUUUGAUUCCGUGCCCAAUCUCCAGGGACUGAUACCAGAUUCUGUUGGAGGAUUAGAUAUGUCUUCAUGAUUGUUCUUGUGGAAACAUUCUAUUUCUACGUUUUUGUUGUGUGAUAGGCAAGCAACUUGUAUGCAUAUAGA